AUGUGCAAGUUUAUCAAUAACAACCGAUCCAUAUCGUUACGUUUUACUUCAAACCUUUUGUUCGGUGUGACUGUUUGCUAUAAGAAAAAAAUUGAAUACUUUUACAACGACACCAUUAUUGCAAAAACAAAGCUUUCAAAAAAGCUUUUUACGCCAUACGUUACUUUCAACAAGUAUGUUGUCCCUAAACAGAAGAAGAAUAUUCUCAGUGAUGAUCCUUGUUUUAAUAUUGAGGUUGAUAUCUUGCAAAAGGUUUCCUAUUUACAAGACAUAAGUCCUUCCAACUCCAUCAAUUUAAACGAUAUCGAGAACGAAAACUUAUCUUCUAUUUUUGAAGGCAAUGCCGAAAACCACCAGUCUUUAAAGGGUAAUACUUUCGAAGGGAGAGAUAUCAAUAUAAACAACCUUGAUCUAGACGACAUAAUUCCUGAUGUCGAUUUUCUAUUCGAUGGCCAAGAAUUUGCUUCCGUCCAUGGGAAUGACAAAGAUCAUGAAUCAUCUUUUGUUGCUGCUGAAAAUGUUGAUUUAGGGCUGGAAUUUGAUGUCCUUAAUUUACAGACUGAGAAUGAAGGUGAUUCCAAUGCACUGAAUACAGAACCUAAAAGUCCUCAGAAAAAAGAUACAGUCCCGAAGAAGUUGUCUAAACGGCAACUUGUCUUUGACAACAAGAUAACUGUGUCCGUUUCUGAAUUUAAUGACUGGACAGGUAACUACUUACAAAGAAUGAUUCCAGAGAAUGUUACGAAGACUAAUGCGAAGAUGCUCAAAGAAACAAAUCCGUUUACUACCUUAUUAAGUCAAUUAUCUCCUUCUGGCAAAGCUGCACCAGAUGAGACACUAGAUGCUUACGUUAGGAAUGCAGCAUCAAGAAGAGAAUCCACUACCUCUAAUGAACUAGAGUACGCUAGAAAUCAAUCCCAUUCUAGGCACAGCUCAAGGACAAGUUUAGCAUCUUUCAACUUGAAUGAAAAUAUCCUGGAUGAAAUGAAUCAAGAUGAGCAUUAUGAGCAACCUUUAAACAACGACUCCUAUUUUGAAGAAAACGACUCCUUCUUUGACAUUCCAGAUUUUAGAUUGAGAAUAGGCAAUUCAUCCUCAUCUUCUUCGACUAUAUCCCGUAGGCGACCCACUUCUACGCUAGAUGGCUUCAAUAGACACAAUAUCAUUGAUGAAGCACUUUACGAACAGAGUUUUGAUGCUGAGUUUACAACCCAUGACUCUCUGUACAAUCAUUUGGAAGACAAAGCUCCUUCGAAUCCCAGAGAUGAGCGAUUCUACCAUUUUUUGCGUAAUAAAUCUUCAAUUGUUGGUCAACGAAAAGUUAACCCCAUUUCAAACAAGGUGUUUUCAAAAGUCACCUUUCAAGAGCUAGUUUCCAGCAAUAUCACCGAGGCUGGGUGUAAUAAGAGCAUCGCAGCUAGUGUCUUUUAUGGCAUAUUGACGCUUGCGACUCAUAACCUGGUAGCUAUCGAUCAUGAGCCUCUACAGAACUAUGGAAUUUUGGAAGGAAAAGAUAUUACAAUAACACUAAUUGUUGGCUAG